AAUGCAAGUGAAGCGAGUUGUACCAAAUCCAAUAGAUAAUUUUCAUACAGAGCCUCGUUCAUCAUAAUAAUCUUGUCAUGUGACUAAAUCUAAGCCAAUUAUACCUACUACUCCCCUUUAAUAAUCAAAACCUAACAAUUUAAUUUAAUCCUUAAAUGGAUUGUGUAAAUACUUUAAUCAGAAAGAAGAGACAAAAUAAAUUACUUAUUAUGCACCAAAAAGUAUGUAAAGAUCAUCUGCUUCAUUAUCACCCAGGGAAAUAAUGGCUGCAAAUAUUUAAGAUAAUAGUCCGCUUUUGGUAAAGUAACUGUUAUAUGGUAAAAAGGAUCAGAAAGAGAAUUUUAAUCCUAAAGUAGGUAUGAGUAUAGUGGAAGUAAAAUAAGUGCCUCAUUUAAGCAUCAAUUAAGACUAAAAAUUAGUAAAGGUUAAUGAUAGUAGCCAUAAAAAAAGUAUGGGUAAAUUUGCCAGGAACUAAAAAUCUCGAAAUGCAUCUGUAUAAUAUCAUGAAGACUGGAAAUUAAAAUAUGAAGAAUUAUAAUAAAGUUUAUGUGAAAGAAUUUAAUAAUUAGAAAAUGAAUUAGAAGAAAUGGAGAAAAAUAGAAAAAUAGAUUAAAUGCAUUCUGAUUAAUAAACUAAUCAAUAUAUUGAAUAAUUACAAUAUAUAAUUUCUGAAAAAGAUUAAGUUAUUUAUGAAUAAGAAUUAAAAAAUGAGAAAUUGUAAAAUAUUAUCGAUAUGUAACAAUAAGAAUUAUAGAAAUUUAAGGAAACCAAAUAUAAAAUAAAUGAUACUAAUGAGAUUUAAAGAUUAUAGUAAAUAGAUUAAAAAUUUCAAUAAAUCAAAGGACAUUUACCAGCUCUUAAUAUUACUCUUAGAAAUAUUUAAUCAAUAUUUGAUGCUGCCUCAUCAGAACAAUAAAUAAAUAAUUUAUCUCUAUCCUCUGUCUCUAUGGUUGAAUUGAUUAAUGAAUUUAACUAAGGUGUUGAAGAGAAUACAUAAAAGUCAAUUAAAAAUAAUACUAUAUUGACUUCUAAUCUUCCUGAGCCAAAACCAAUAAACCUUUCAGAGAUUCUAAAUAGAAAAAGAAACUUAUGA